AUGCUCAAAGCCGUACAGAUCUUGGGUUGCUCAUCAGGGUUAACCAUCAUCUCACAGAGACUAACCAAGUCCUCCUCCACCGUCUCUUUCCUCUCCAAAUCUAUAAACCCUCUCAAGCUCUCAACUUCUCCUCGCAAAACAACAACACUCUGUUUCAACCCGACCCGAAUGUCUACCUCCUCACUUCCCGGGUCAGACCCAGUUCCAAAGUCUCCGACUUUCGUCGCUGGAGAUGUUCGGAAGAUAAAGUUCUGUCAAUGGUGUGGAGGGCCUACCAAGCACGAGAUACCUGACGGAGAGGAGAAGCUCCGAGCUAUUUGCACACACUGCAGCAAAAUCGCAUACCAGAAUCCUAAGAUGGUUGUAGGUUGUCUUAUUGAGCAUGAAGAAAAAGUUUUACUUUGCAAACGUAACAUUCAGCCUUCACAUGGUCUAUGGACUCUACCUGCUGGUUAUCUAGAAGUUGGAGAGUCAGCUGCAGAAGGAGCAAUGAGGGAGACUUGGGAAGAAGCUGGAGCUACUGUUGAAGUUGUUUCCCCUUUUGCGCAGCUUGAUAUCCCUCUUAUUGGUCAACAGACAUAUGUUAUAUUCUUGGCAAAGCUGAAGAAUCUGGAUUUUGCGCCUGGUCCUGAGUCAUUGGAGUGUCGUCUUUUUGCACUAGACGAGAUACCCUUUGAUUCCUUGGCGUUUUCAUCUAUAUAUGUUACCUUAAAUCUGUACUUGGAAGAUCUUAAGAAGGGGACACUAAAGUUUCACUAUGGUACUAUAAAUAAAAGGCCUGGAAGUAGUCCUUCAGAUAUUCGAGCCUUUAGUCUUGAUUACCAUUUGCAGCCAUGA